AUGGUGCAGGUGAUUAACAACAUGGAUGAAUUUAAAGAGUUGCUGCGGGCUGCUGGGAGCAGGCUUGUGGUGGUGGAGUUCUCGGCAAGGUGGUGUGGCCCCUGCAAAAGGGUUGGUCCCAUUUUCCAGGCAAUGUCUUUAAAAUACCAAAACGUCACGUUUGCUAAUGUAGAUGUGGACUCAUCGAAGGAAUUGGCUCAACUUUGUCACAUCAAAGCCGUGCCCACAUUUCAGAUGUUCAAGCACACCAAAAAGGUAUCAGUGUUUAAAAGAAUACAAUUUGUGUGUUGU